AUGUCAGUUUUACCUCAGCUUCUGGAGACACUGGAGGAUCUAGAAAGUAAAAAACUGAAAAAGUUCAAAUGGCACUUAAAGCAUGAUGGUCUUGCUUCAACUGCUGAUGUGGAAAAAUCAGAUGUCUUUGACACAGUGGAUCAUAUGGUUGCCCGUUGUGGACCAGAGGGAGCUAUGGAGAUCACAUUGAAUGUCCUUAGAAAGAUGAAUGAAAAUCAUCUUGCUGAACACUUAGAGAACAAACUCAAAGGCUCAGUUACAGAGGACAGUAAAGCUGCUCUUCAUGAUUACACAGAGAAAUUGAAAAACAAAUUAAAACAGGACUGUGAGAGGAUAUUGGUUGGUAAUUCACAGACCGGCCAUCAGAAAUACCUGAAUGAUAUUUACACUGAUCUAUACGUGGUGCAGAAUGAGACUGGUGGAAGAGUGAAUGACCAUGAGGUGAGACAGAUCGAACUGAAUCUCAAACAGUCUAAUUGCACGGAUACACCAAUCGAGUGCAGUAACAUUUUCAAAGUCAAUAUGGGUAGAAGAAACAGAAAGGUGCUGACGAUGGGGAUCGCAGGGGUGGGAAAAACAGUCUCUGUUAAUAAAUUCAUCCUUGACUGGGCUGAAGGAAAAGAAAAUCAGGACAUAUCCUUAAUUUUUCCUCUGCCGUUCCGUGAACUAAAUCUGAUCACACAGAAAUUGAGUCUAAUGGAGCUGCUUCACAAAUUCUGCUUCAGCAGUUCUGAACCACUUCCCUCUCUUCCUGAAGGUGAUGGUGAGGUCAUGUUCAUCUUUGAUGGGCUAGAUGAAUGUCGCUUCCCUUUGAGCUUUAAAAAAAAUGACAGCAUUACAAGUGUCCAUGAAAAAACAACAUUGAGUAAUAUGAUUACAAGCCUGAUCAAAACACAUCUGGUUCCCUCUGCUCUCAUCUGGAUUACAUCCAGACCAGCAGCAGCCAGUUUGAUACCCCGAGACUAUAUUAAUCAGGUGACAGAGGUGCGAGGAUUCAAUGAUGAGCAAAAGGAGAAAUACUUUAAUAAAAACAGCAAUCCUGAGGUUGCUGGAAUCAUCAUCCGUCACAUCAGGAAAAUCAGGAGCCUGUACAUCAUGUGCCACAUCCCAGUCUUCUGCUGGAUUUCUCUCAAUGUUCUUCAGCCUCUACUGGAACAAAAGGGUAAUGACAAAAUGCCCACAACUCUCACAGGGAUGUACAUAAAUUUCUUAAUUUCUCAGCAGCUAAAGAUGGUAGAAAAAUACUGUGAUGACCCUGAACCCAAAGUCAAUGUAAUGUCUUUUGAUAAGAUUAUUAUGAAGCUUGGGGAGUUGGCGUUUAAACAACUAGAGAAAGGACAUCUGAUUUUCUACAAAGAAGAUCUUGAGGAGUGUGGAUUAGAUGUCAGUGACGGGUCUGUGUUUUCUGGGUUAUGCACUCAGAUUUUUCACAAGGCUGUUUCAACAAGAAAUGUUUACAGCUUUGUUCAUCUCAGCAUCCAAGAGUUCCUUGCUGGUCUCUAUGUGUUUUUGAUUUAUAAAGAUGAGAAAGCAAACCCAUUUCUUCAAUCCUGGAAAGAAGAAGUUGCAUGGAAAUUAUCCAAAAAGCCACUGUUUCACCUUCACAAGGCUGCGAUAAACAAGGCCUUACAAAGUGAAAAUGGACACCUUGACCUUUUCCUCCGGUUCCUCUUGGGGCUUUCACUGGAGUCCAAUCAGAGUGACCUGAAGGAACUAUUACCAAAACUGAAGCUGAAAGCAGAGAAAAUUAAAUACACUUCUGAAUAUAUCAGAAAAAAAAUAGAGAAGGUGAACUCAGUAGAGAGGACCAUCAAUCUUUUCUACUGUCUAAGUGAACUGAAAGAUGACUAUGUAGAGGAAAUCCAGAAGAAUUUCAGAACAGGAAAUCUUUCUGUUGAGAAUCUGUCCUCUUCUCAGUGGUCAGCUCUGGUGUUUGUGCUCCUGAUAUCAGAAGAAAUACAAGAAAUAUUUGAGCUGCAGAAAUAUGGAAGUUCUGAUGAAGCACUGAUGAGACUGCUGCCAGUCAUCAAAAACACCAAAAGAGCACUGCUACGUAACUGCAAUCUCACUAGUCAGUCCUGUGAAAGUUUGUCUUCAUCUCUGCAAUCAUCAAACUCAGCUCUGAGAGACCUGGACCUGAGUUGUAAUGAGCUGCAGGAUUCUGGAGUGGAACUUCUCUCUGAAGGACUGAAGAGUCCAAACUGUCAGCUAGAGAUACUCAGAUUGCCAAUCUGUAGCCUCACAGCUCAGUGCUGUAAAAGUUUGUCAUCAGCUCUAAUGUCAUCCGUCCUGGGAGAGCUGGAUCUGAGUAACAAUGACCUGCAGGAUUCUGGAGUGAAGCUUCUCUCUGAUGGACUGAAGAGCUUACAAUGUCAGCUAAAGAUACUGAGGUUGUCUGGUUGUAUGGUGACAGAGGAAGGCUGUGGUUAUGUGUCUUCAGCUCUGACUUCAAACCCCUCAUACCUGAGAGAGCUGGAUCUGAGCUACAAUCACCCAGGAGAUUCAGGAGUCAAGCUGCUCUCUGAAAAACUGAAGGAUCCAAAAUGCUCACUGGACAAACUCAAUGUGGAUCAUGGAGGGGAGUUCAGGAUUACAGCAGGACUACACAAAUAUGCCUGUAAUCUCACACUGGAUCCAAACACAGCAAACAAUCAUAUCAUUCUGUCAGAAGAGAACAGAAAGAUGACGUAUGUAGAAGAGAAUCAGUCAUAUCCUGAUCAUGCAGAGAGAUUUGAUAGAGUACCUCAGGUCCUGUGUAGAGAGAGUCUGUCUGGACACUGGGAAGCGGACUGGAGUGGAAAAGCUCAUUUUUCAGUGGCAUAUAACAAAAUCAGCAGGAAAGGAGGGAAUCAUGACUGUAUGUUUGGACUGUAUAGAAACUCAUGGAGUCUGAUCUGCUUUGAUGACAAAUUCCUUGCCUCUCACAAUAAUCAUUCAAUUAACAUCGGUGUCUCUUCACACUCUUGUAGGAGAGUAGGAGUGGAGGUGGAUGUGCCAACUGGCACAUUGUCCUUCUACAGCAUCUCUGACACAAACAAACUCACACACUUACACACAUUCAACACCACAUUCACUGAGCCUAUCUAUGCUGGAUUUAGGUUGAAGGUUUAUAACUCCUCAGUGUCUCUGUGUCAGACUGAAAAGCCUGUGAACAGCAACAGAGACAACACACACACACUUGAUUAAUAUAAAUACUCUCACUUUAUAUAUUGUAGUGCUAGUAGUAGUACAGGCCUAACAAGCAGAUGCAGAGUAAUUCACCAAGGCUCUUAGACACAAGCAAGACAUGCCGAUACUGUGGUAAUAUGCUUUGCUAAAGUAUGCCUUGAAGGCAAAAACAGAUCUACAGUUGGGGAAAGUGAUGAUGACAUUUACGUGGUUGAAUAUAUUCAUAUACUAGGGCUGGUCGAUUGUCCAAGCCACCUAAAAGGCUGGAUUUGUAAUAAUAAUAAUAAUUAUUAUCUGCCUAAUGUUCAUAUAGU